GAAUAAGAUUUUCUUCCUCCUCCUCCACAUCCUCAUAGUAUUCAGCAAGCCAUCAUCAGCAAGCAAGUAUGAGCAACUCUGACUCCUCCUCAGAAGACCAGCGCCGUUUCGAAGCCGAGAUGGAACGCCUCAAGGUGAAAAGCAUUGAAAACAAACGCCGCCAUGAAGCUGAGAGUUCGAACGCAUCAAGAUGGAACGCGAGAAUCUCGUGAGUACCAACAAGGCCGAGACGGAACAACACAAGGCGAAGAUGGAAGCUCGAAAAAAGGAGAUCCUGGCACUACAGCAGGAGAACCUGGCACUACAGCAGAAGAACCUUGCACGACACCAGGAGAUCCUGGCACAAGGCCAGGAAACCAACGCACUACUCCGUCAAAUCCUUGAAGAUGUCCAAGAGCAGGAUCAUGCCGACGCCUAAAUUUUAAUACUGUACCUGGUACCUCAUUGGAAGAACGACGAUGGAUCUUUGUUGGGUACCGGUACUGAUCGAUCCAUACCGGUACGCACCGUACCGUAGCGUACCAUACCGUAGACGCACUUGAAAUUGAAAGGAAUUGAUUGGUC